GAGGUUCAGGUUCUUCAUGUCUCUGCACAGAAGGAAUUCAGCGAGAGACAAAGUGAUAGGCGAGAAAUAGAUUUAUUAGGAUAGGAACUAGUGAGAUAUGCAAGUGGGCAGGCCCAGAAGCUCUGCCCUGAAGAUCCGAAGAUCAGUUGGGCUACAGUUUUACCGUCCAAGGAGAGUGGGGGUUGGAAAAGCCCGCCUCUUCCUUUCUGGGAGUAGUAGCUCCUCUUUAGGAUCAGGUAAGAUGUGUAUUCAAAUCUGCAGAAGGGUGGUCCUCAAACUCUUGCCCUUGGUCUGAAUCUGAAUGCAGGCCUCAUCCCAUCCCCACCCAAUGACCUGAGGCAAUUCUCAAGGCUCCACUAAUGAAGCAAACCUGCCUUGUUCUGAAGGCUUUUUUAUUUACUUACAGUGAUCUCCCAAUGUCCCAUAAGUUUCCCUCCUUUUCUGUGGUCUUUUAUUGGGACUUUUCAAAAUACGUGUAUCUGCUCCAUUCCUAUCAUAUGGAAGUUCCUGGGCCAGGAAUCGAACCUGUGCUCCAGGAGCAACCUGAGCUGCUGCAGUCACAACACUGGAUCCUUAACCCACUGCACCUCAAAAGAACUCCAUGCUGCUGUUUUUAUUUUAAUUGAGAUAUAGUUCAUACACCAUUAAAAUCUUCCAGUUUUGACUACAGGAUUUUAGACAAGUCCACCACCUCAAGCUUCUGUAUAUGUACUGCUGAGACCGGGCCCAUUGAAAAGGGAGUUAUUCAGGUUGACAGUCACCAGCCCUACAGGAAGAACUUGAGGAAAUGAGCACUUGAAUGAAAACACGUUUACAUUGUAUUACUGUUCCUUAAACCCACUUUCUGACCUUGUGAAAAAAUGAAUACACAACUUGUUCAGUGUAGAAUGGUUUGAUUUAGUUGUUAGUAAAACUUUUUAAGUUACUCAAAUGCUUUAGAAAUUUUAAGGUAAAGGUAUUUGUGAUUUACAGUUCCAUUGUGUGUUCCGCUCAAAGCGAUGUAAGAUGAAGCAUUAUUCCUCUUCUUAGAUGUGUUUGAAGCCAUCCUCAUUUGCGGUGAUAGCACAUGUCAGGGAAUGCUUAGAAGUACUUGAAAUACUUGUUUUUGCUUAGGCAAAAUUUAAGUGAGUGUUAUGUUAAAAAAAAAAUUCAACUGAGUAAAUUUUAAACAUCUUAUUGGCUUUAUUCAACAAUUCGUGAAUGGAACGCAUGGGAUCUAGCAGAUGGAAAGAAGCUAGAACGGAGCUCCAAGGGGCUGAAUCAAAUGAGACUUUUAUAGGCAGAAGGGAACAGGAACAAGAAAGUUCAACUAGGCAAAAAAAGUGGCGUGAUUAUUGCAAAAUUACUUUCCUUUAGGGGAUAGCAGGGUCUGUCAGGCUGAUUACCUAACUAGGGCUGAUCAGGUGACUCCCAGUUGGUUUAAGAUUCCAUUUCUGGGAGAUGGAAACUCUAACACUGUCUUGGUGACAUGAGGCUUAGUGUAAGGGACUCCAUUUGGGGGCUAUUGUCUUGUUUUUAAUAGUUGGCUGUAGAUUUUAGAGUUACACACAAGGUAAAAAGCUGAGUUGUUAAAGAGUUGCAGCUCCUCUUUCAUAGUCUGGAAUGUACCUCACCCUCAUUCUUUGUAGUGAGAUGCAAAUGAGGAAGUAAGAUACCCCAAAUAACUGUUAGGCAACUAUUUAUGUUCUGCAGGUUUUUGUUUCUUAGUUUAACUCUGGGGAUUUUUUUUUUUUUUUUUUUUUUUUUUUUUUAGAGAACCUGUGUUUUCUGAGGUUUUGAAUUUGCCUAGCAAUUACUAGCGAAGAUAGGAAAGAUAAUGAGCUGAAUAAUGGUUGGAAUUUGACACGCAAAUGAUGGUUUUCAUCACCUUUGCAUGAUUUUAAAGAGAACUAAGAUUUCGCUUAUUUUUUACUUUUUGUUUUCUUUUUUUUUUUCCCUCUUUGUAAGAACUGAGUACGUUAUUGGACUCUUCUGAAAUCCACAAUAUUCUGAAAAGCUUUCUUCUAUUGAAACUUAUACAGUUCCUCUCUCAUUUUAGCUUUUGUUCCCCCACCUAAAGCAUUUAGGUUUUGUAAUGUGCACUCUUAAGUGUAAAAAGAAACUUACUUGGGAUAUUGUUUUUCUGCGAUUAAGAAAGUAAUUGUAGAAUUUUGUCUUAGAGCUCUUUAUGUCAAUACUGUGAACAUUUUGUAAGGCCUUAAAACUGAGUCUGUAUACUUCAUGAAUUUUUAUUCAGACACAUCUAUAAAGAUGUUUCAAAUUAUUAGAUAAGGACCAACCACUGGGGAGGGAAGACCAGUCUCUAUAGGUCUUUGCUUGUCCAAGUAGGGAACACAGAAGACCUUUCUGCCCUCUAGACCAUAUUUCUGUCCUGGUAGAUUUGGCCUCCUUUCCUUCUUAACCUGAUUUUAUGGCUGUUGUGAUGAGAAUGUUCAACAAGUAGAACCUGAUACUUGGGAAAAGGGUCUUUACAGCCACUUGUGUGAGGUGAAUAACUUUUUAACUAUAAGUGAUUGUUUUUAAAUAUAUUUGCUGCUUUGAUGGUGGAUAACAAGAUACUGCUCCUAUAAAACAACUGCUUUGCUUUGCCUCAUUUGGGGGCGAACACAGAAACAAAAAUAUUCACAUCUCUUGAUUUUUGUUUUGGCUGUUUUUAAAUUGACACUUGAGAAUAGCUGUUCUCUGAAGACCAGGAAUCGUUUACUAGACUGAUACUCAUUUAGUAUGACCCAGGUAUAUUUUUGUUAAAUAAUCAUAAUCCUAGAAGAAUGACUAUUGGAACAAAAUCAGCUGAGUACAGUCUUUCUGUAUAAAAUUUUAAAAACAGUAUUUAAAAAUCAUUGGGGAUAAUAGAUAAAAUUUUCUUAUUUUUGUGGGAUCUAGAGAGUUUCUAAUUUUCUUUUGACCAUUAUUGAUGCAGGCGCAUCAUUAUUUUGUAGCCAGUUUGGCUUCUGAAAAGAAGGACUGUAACGAAUAACUAAUACAAAGUAUAGCAACUGUCACCAAUCCUUUUUGUGUGUGUGUGUGUGUCUUUUUAGGGCCGCACUUUUGGCACAUUGAGGUUUCCAGGCUAGGUGGUGUAACCCCCAGCUUACACCACAGCCACAGCAACAUAGGAUCCUUAACCUACUGAGAGAGGGCAGGGAUUGAACCCCAGUUGUCAUAGAUGCUAGUCAGGUUCUUUAAUUGCUGAGCCACAAUGGGAGCUUCUCCGAAUCCUCUUUUAAAAGCAAAAGAGGGAGUUCCUGUCGUGGCGCAGUGGUUAAGGAAUCCAACUAGGAACCAUGAGGUUGCGGGUUAACGAUCCAGCGUUGCCAUGAGCUGUGGUGUAGGUUGCAGAUGCGGCUCGGAUCCCACAUUGCUGUGGCUGUGGUGUAGGCCGGUGGCUACGGCUCCGAUUCGACCCCUAGCCUGGGAACCUCCAUAUGCUGCGAGAGCGGCCCAAGAAAUAGCAAAAAAAAAGCCAAAAAUAAAAAAAAUAAAAAAAAAUAAAAGCAAAAGAGUUGAUAUUAAAAAAUCCAAAUUAGGGUACAAAGUAGACCUUUGUAAUUUGUUGGGACACAUUAUAGCAACCGGGGAGGGAGUUUCUUAACAACUGGGAUUAAUGUUACCCUUUGUUUUUUAUUCUGAUAGAGAUUUAAAAGGUAUUUUCACCUUCAGAUCCCAUUUAGUGAAGGGAAAUAGGACACACUGCUUUUGACUCUUUCUGAACGCACUGAGCACACGUGAAAACCUCGGAUCUAUUCCAUCCCUCUCAAUUUACAUGACCAUGAGGAAACUGAAACCUUGGGAGGUUAAAUGACUUGCCCUGAGACAGUCAGCUAGUUAGUUCCUGCUUGAACUGGAGACCCUCUACUGGUCACCACAAAGGCCUUGUUUUCUGCUGCCUGUUGAAUACACAGUCCUCUCCUGAUAAAUUUCAGCAGCUGCUGGUGUUGUGGGCACUACACUCCUUGAUUUCAGGUGUCUUUGUCAGUGCACCUGAUUCAGAUAUCACUGUGGAAGCACUGAGUCAUUGGAGCAAAGGAAAAUAUGAAAGCCAGAGGAAUUGCUUUCACAGCUAGAGAAUGGUGCUGCAAGAUAAAUCGGAGAUCUUCUGGUGCUAGUGAAUGCACGAAGAGGUUCACAGUAUCUUUAAAGUACCUCUGAAGAGAUUAAAAGGAAUUUAAAAGAAAUACUCAGAGAGAAAAAAAGAAUCUUUUUUUUUUUUUUCAUACUUCAGGAGAUAAUUUUUAACUGCACCAAGAAUUCUAUAAAGUCUGAAAAACUAAAGGUUGCCAUCUAUUUCUAUGAAUGUGAAAAAAUAAGCCCUAAGAAAAUCUACUUCUCCUCCAAGAAGAAAAGCUUUGAUAUAACUAAAUACUGAAGUAAGAAGAUAAACUUUAAAAUGUUUUAAUUAUCAAGAACACAACAUAAAUCAAUUUUUGUGGUUUGUUUUUGGUUUUUUUUGUUGUUGUUGUUGUUUUGCUAUAGGUUAUUUCCAGUUAGGAGACUUUUAUUUCUCAUUUUGAAGUUUAAAGAAGAUUUCCAAAAACUGAAUUUUCCAGCUGCUGUGUUAAGAAUGUAGUAGGUGUUUAUAGUGUAUACUUGCUCCGUAGAUAAGAGACCUCUCUCAGUUUUCUACUCGGGGUGAAUUGCUAGACAAGCCUCUGAUAGCAGCUGCUUUUUUUUUUUUUUUUUCCUAUCUGGAUUUUUGACACUCCACCCCCAACAACUCAGGUGGGUGUGUGCCGUGACACCGAGCGCAAUAGGAUUUUUCCUUGGAUAGUCUGGUCUGGAGCUGGGCAGCAGCUGCUGCUGUGGAAAGGCCAGCUGGCAAGAUGAUGGAAGAAAUCUCCAUUAUGGUGGCCUAUGACGCCCAUGUUUUCAGCCAGCUGCAUGAUGAAGAUCUCCUCACUAGUCUGGUGGCCAUCAGCAAGCCCAGGUCGAUGGUACCGACCAAGAAGCUAAAGAAAUAUGAGAAAGAAUAUCAGACAAUGCGAGAGAGUCAGCUGCAGCAGGAAGACCCCAUGGAUAGAUACAAGAGGGAGAACCGGAGAUUACAGGAGGCCAGCAUGAGGUUGGAACAAGAGAAUGAUGACCUUGCCCAUGAACUAGUAACCAGCAAAAUUGCUCUGCGGAAUGACCUGGAUCAGGCAGAGGACAAGGCAGAUGUGUUGAAUAAGGAGCUCCUCUUGACCAAACAGAGGCUGGUGGAAACUGAAGAAGAGAAGAGGAAGCAAGAGGAGGAGACAGCUCAGCUAAAAGAAGUCUUUAGGAAACAGCUAGAGAAGGCAGAAUAUGAAAUAAAGAAGACUACGGCCAUCAUUGCUGAGUAUAAACAGAUCUGUUCCCAGUUGAGUACCAGACUCGAGAAACAGCAGGCAGCCAGCAAGGAGGAGCUGGAAGUGGUCAAGGGUAAAAUGAUGGCGUGUAAACACUGCAGUGACAUUUUCAGCAAGGAAGGUGCUCUGAAAGUAGCAGCCAUCAGCAGAGAGGACCAGGGAAUUGAAUCGGAUGAUGAGAAGGACUCUCUUAAGAAGCAGCUGAGGGAGAUGGAGCUGGAAUUGGCACAAACCAAACUGCAGCUGGUGGAGGCCAAGUGUAAAAUCCAGGAACUUGAACAUCAGAGAGGAGCCCUUAUGAAUGAAAUCCAAGCUGCAAAAAACUCUUGGUUUAGCAAAACCCUGAACUCUAUCAAAACGGCCACAGGCACACAGCCCCUGCAGCCACCGCAGGCCACCCAGCCCCCCAAAGAGAGCACGUAGUUCCAGCCUCACCCAAGCACAAGAGCACAAUGAUCAAAGCAACGGUAACCCAGGAAGAUCCUCCCUGGUGUCCCUUUGAAGGAGAGUAAAGGAGGCCAGACAGCAAGUCACGAUCUUUCAGUAGCUCUCACUCUUUCUUGUGUGACACUUUCAAAGGGAUGUAAUUUAAACUAACAUGGUUUAUGUUAAAUACCUGUUUUUGUGCUUCUUCACGGAAGGCCGUGUUCUGAUCCAUCAUAGUAUUACACAUUAUUUUAUAUGCCUGAUGUUUGACUGGAAAUAAGUAAUUCAGAACUAAAUGCUUUUUAUUUAGAGCUAGAAUUAUUCAUAAUUAUUUUUAUCUUACAUAAAAAUGGAGAUGUCUUUUAUUCCAAGAUUGAAGUGAUAGGAAAGCUAUUUGUCAUAGAAAAAAGAAAAAAAAAAAAAGAUUGAAACCUAAACCUCCUAACUUUCAGGAUUUAUUCAGAUAAAGCACUCUGGGGCCAGUCAUGACCACUGUCAGGUUUCCUCCUGAAAAUGAUUCCCUGGAUAGUGAUAACCUUGUCCGAAAGAAAGAACAGAUCUGGAAAUGAACAGUUCCCAAGGAGAAUACUUCAUUUUUAUUUUCUUUGGGGUACAUCUGGAAAUAAAGUGCCAAGAACCACGGAAUAAGGUUGACUAUUGAGAACACACAUGAGAUAGAAAGAACUGAGGUUUUGAUAUAUGCAGGAUAAAAUAAAUCAUUUUGGUCCUACUAUUCUAACAGGUCCCUUUAAGAACUCCAUCUGGGAAUUGCAAGUUCCUAAGAAUGAGCACAGUUGUGACUUCUGGCCAAUGUACAGUCAGAAGUGGAUGCUGUGAGUUGCUUUAGGGAUCUUCACAAGAGAAGCUAGAAAGGCCCAGGAACAGCUGUUGUGCUUAGAAUGGAAUAGAACCAGGGACAGAGUAUUUCAUUUAAUGUUGUUAUAUACUUGCUAAGGAAACACUAAUAUACUAUAACUUUGUUAAAGUUAUGAAAUGGGAAAUAGAGGUCAGCUUCAUGUCAUCUUAGUUUAAUAUUAGGCAACUUUUUCUGAUUUCUGUAGCUUCCUAAAAAUGUGCCCCUGGUACCCCUAGAUAAAGAGAUGCAAAUGCAUUUGUAACAUUUUUGAUUGCAUAUAAAACCUUUAUAGAAAUACUUAUCUCAUGGAAAGGUAAAGCUAUUGUUUAAAAGUUGAUGGAAAUAUUUUUUUCAAUUAUAUUUAACAUGUCUUUAUAAAUAGACCUUGCAGGAAAAUCCUUUGGUAAGGGAAAAACUAAUUUUCCCAUUUUUAAAGCUGUUUUGGAGGCCUUUGGUCCUUUUACACCAACCAAACUACUGUCAGCUAUGUACAGUAACAUGUAUUGAUACUCUUCCUUGGCUUCGUUGUUGAGCAUAUUUUUUGCAAGGGAUCUUAAACUCUGCAGUGCCAGAGCAAUUCUCAUCUGUGCCAUACGUCGCAGUUAAAAGUAAUAUACUCUUGGAGGUAAAAAGCAUAAAAACCAUCUUCACUCCAGGAGCAUGCUCUACAAGCUCUUCACGGUGGCUCCUUUCCUCAAAAAUAAUCAUUAAACUCUAAAAAGUUAAGUCCCUUCUAUCAGUAAGUGUUCAUAUCACCUAUAACCCAUAAAACUGAUGUGGCUGUUAUCCUUCGUUACACUCAUCAAAUAAUACUUUUCUUACAAAAAAAAAUUUUUUUUGUCCUCCACAUCUUUUAUCAUAGUUUUCAUUUCCUUUCACCCAAAAGGAAAGUAACUCAGCAUUCUGAGUAUCUGUGUUGACUUUAACAUUCCCUACAUGAUGGUUUAGAAAAGGUAAUUUUUUCUCUUUUUUUCUUUUUUUGUAAAAUAUAAUGGCUAGAAAAUUGCAUCUUGGUACUUGUUUCUGUAAAUCAUUUAGUAUAAUUUGUUAGCUUUACUGGUACUUCAUGCUUUAGAUCCCAAGAAGCCUUGUACACGUUGCCUUAUCAAAUGGCUAGCUAAAUUAAAGCUCUUCUUUUGUGUUUUGUGACUCUCAUAAAUCUAACUGUACAGAGCUCUUAUACCAUUUCACAGAAUGCCUAAAUUGAAUAAUUUUCCUUAAAUGGCAGUUGAGAGAGAAAUAGCUGUACGUCCUUACCUGUAGUUAUUACCUGUAGACAUGGCUCAAUUUCAUAGCCCCUUAUAUUUUUUUCUUUAAACAAAAUCAGUAGGUACAUACAUUCCAAACAUUUAAUAAAUUCAUCUUUUGCAUUUUUAAAAACUCUUUUAAAAGAUUAUAAUGACCAUCUAUAGAUUUUUUUUUUGUACCCUUCUCCAGUUCCGAAUCAUACUUGGGUAUGCGUAUUGGUACCAUAGACUAAACUGGCCCUCCCUGCAAUGCCUUUGGGUGAGUAGCAACUGCAAAUACAGAAAAAAAGAAAAUUGAAAAGUUGGUAAAUUAUUCAUAUAAUGUUAUAAUAGCACUGUCUCAAACCACAUGUCCUUUACCAUGUAUUGAUUGAAAACUCAUGCAUCCCAGCAUUAAGUAACUGCUAAUUUUAAUUUCUCUUAUUUUGAGUAUAUUUGAAAAUUACUACUCCUCUCUUGAUUUCUUUUAGAAAGGGAUUGACCAGCCCAAAUAUCCAGGAAAUUUCCAAAUAUUCUAGAGUGUUUUUCAUCUUUCCCUAGUAUAAAACAGCCAACAUUUGCAGCAUUCUGAAAAGUGAUUUUUUUUUUCAUUAAAUUCUGCAGAAUCAAUUAAGGGAAUGAAAUUCAAUUUGACAAUUCAGUCAUUAGCUUUUAUAUCUUAAGAAUCAUAACACAUUCCUUAAAGCUGAAAGAAACCAAGCUGAAUUUUGCAGUGCAUUGUUUGCUAGCUUCCUACAUCCUGAGCCAUGGCACAAUUUAGUUAUAUUUAGUUACAUAUGAUUUAAUGCAAAAGAAUUUUCAGUUACCUAUAAUGUUUUAUAUAUGAGUGCCUAUCAGAAACACUAAUAGGAAUGUGACAUAGGCCUAUGGCCUGUUUUUCCAUGCAACCAGUAACACUCUUCCCCUCUCCCUGCUAUUAAGUUAGUAGUUUAUUCUUCAUUGGCUUUCUUAAAUUUCCAUAAUAAAGUAGGAAAGUAAUCUUUGUACUAAUGUUGGGAUAUUUAAUAGUAUUUAUCUUGUUUCCAUUGUUUUCAAAAAUUUUAUUUCUCUUAUGCUAUGUAUUAAUAUUUAUUUUUCUCAAACCUUUACUCCAUUUUCUUAAAAUAUUUUCCAGCUAAUAACUAGUGGUUAAUUUCCUAGCUAAACUGAGAAAAACGAGAGGAUACAUAGUUUAGGGCACAAGAGGUGAGAGUUAGAUCCUUUAAGUUGAUUAGUUGCAAAUCAUUCUGCUAAGUUAGUUGUCUGAUUUCAGGAUCCUUUUAGAGAGAAAGGAGCCUUUAAAAAAUCAAAUACUUUGUUUUAGCUCUCUUGAAAAGAACACUUUUAUUUACUAAGAUGAUUCCGUUGUAUAACUUACUCUUUACAAAAAAACACUCUAAAGUAGCUCUGAUUCUCUUGCUUCAGUUACAAGUAGAUGAGAGCGUGGACAAACUCUGUUGUUUGAUUUGAAUGUUGUGAGGGGUGUGUGUGUGUGUGUGUGUGUGUGUGUGUGUGUGAAAGAGAGAUUGGUAGAAUUUUAUAUGGAGGAGUUGUGUGUGUGUGUGUGUGUGUGUGUGUGAAAGAGAGAUUGGUAGAAUUUUAUAUGGAGUAUCCCUGCCUCUUUUGAAUACCCAGGUACCAUGCAACUGAACAUGCACAUGGUGAUCAGAUACAGAAGGCCAGACACAGCUCAGUGCCCUGUUUUCCUACCAGACGUAACUUGUUCCCUCCAGUUGCCAUGCUGGUAACAUUGAACUGGAACUGCUCCACAACAUACUUCCUCUCUUAGAGUGGCUUCCAUACAAUACAGGCAAAGCCCUGAGGCAUUUUCCUACCUUUCAAAAGCUAUCAAAACAAAUACUUCAGUAUGGGCUGCACCUCAGUGGGAGAUGAUCUUGAGUUGUAAGGAGAAAAGUGGAUGUUUACAAGUAGCCUAGUGACUACAGCCAGCUGUCAGAUGUUCCCUACUAAGCUUCCAUCUAAAAGACUACAUGUUAAGUUUAUCUUCAAAUGAAUUUGCUACCUGCUAUAAAAACAUCUUCACCAACACGUCCCACUCUCCCCACCCCCACCCCGGUUUAUCAUUUGUGGUAUUCUGAAAACUUUAAAAGAAUCAUUGAGUAGAAAAUUAAUAUUUUAAGUUUCUUUCCCUUUUCAUUGGCAAUAAAUUAACAUGUAAAAUCUGUUAAUAACUACAUAUUAUAUAUGGACUAAAAUAUAGGAAACUGAUUGAUAAGGACAUAAAUACAUCAAGACUCUGGUGUCAUGAAAGCACAAGAAUAAAGCCUGGAAAUGGUCCCAGAAUCCAAGAUUCCAAUAACCUUUGCAUCAGUUUCACUAUUUUUGGUAUUUUGCAUAAUAUAUGGAUCCUUAAUUCAAAUAAAGAAAAAAAGUUUCUCAGUCCCACUUUAUUUAUUUCAAUUCCUACCUUUCCCCUUGCUGGGGAGGUAGUAGAAAUUCUAUGCCAUCUAUUUUUGUGAAUUCUAUGAUUUUGUCCAUGGCUUCUCCAAUGAAAACAGGUUCCAGAAUAAAGGAGUUGAUUAGACCAAACUGUGCUAAUUGACUACAAAAGAAAUUAGUGAGCAGCUUUUCUCCUCUCUAAACACUGACCAAUUAGAUGUUUCCAUAAUUCCAUGUAUUAUGUAUAGUACACUCUAUAAAUGUAAAUGUAAUGCUUGUUAAGAAAAGUGCAAUUUAUUGUACAUUGUCCCAACAAAUGUUUACUUUUAUAAUUGUUAUGAACUUGAAUUGGAUUAGUAUCUUGUUUUCACGUGUGAAUGAAGCCUUGUGAAGUAAACAAAUGCAAGAAGGUAGCAAGGUGACUGUUUUUGUGAGCCAGUGAUGUUUUCAAUGCUUUGUGUUGCCCCUUUGGCCCCAUUAAGCAGUAAUAAACAUUUGUUCUGGAAACCAUA